AUGUGGAGUCAUAAGCUGGCACAGCUCUUUUCAGAGGCCAGGAGACUCGGAAUAAAGGCUGCCAAAGGACAGCAUUAUGGAUCAGCCAGGUUCUGCAGAUCAACAGGUAUAGGAAACCGCUAUCUCAGCAUGGCUCCAGCAACACAAGAGUGCUCCUGGGUCCUGCACAAAGAUCACUUUGAACUGCUUUAUUCUGGAACCUGUAUGCGUUUUGACUACGUGUGGUUGCGGGAUCACUGCCGCUCGGCUUCUUGUUACAACCCCAAAACCAACCAGCGUAGUUUGGACACAGCCAGCGUAGAACUGGACAUCAGACCUGCACAGGUCCGAGUAGAUGAGACCACCAUAUAUCUAACAUGGCCAGAUGGGCACAUGACCAGAUAUGGGUUAGAAUGGUUAUCACAGAAUAGCUAUGAAGGACAGAAACAGCAACUUGUUCAGCCUCGAAUUUUAUGGAAUGCGAAUACUUACAAGGAAGCAAAUGUGCCAUCUAUCAGCUACUUUGAUUUCCUUGAAACAAAUGAAGGACUUAAAGACUUUCUGAAGAACUUCUUACUGUAUGGCAUCGCCUUUGUUGAUGAUGUUCCAGCAACCCGGGAGGAUACAGAGAGGGCUGCACAGAGAAUUAGUCAUAUCCGGGAGACAAUCUAUGGUAAAAUGUGGGACCUCACAUCUGACUUCUCCCGGGGAGACACAGCCUACACAAAAUUGGCCCUUGAUCGGCACACAGAUACCACCUACUUCCAGGAACCCUGUGGUAUGCAGCUUUUCCACUGUCUGCGGCAUGAAGGCACAGGAGGGCGCACCCUGUUGGUGGAUGGCUUUCACGCUGCUGAACAAGUUCGUCAACAUCACCUUGAAGACUUUGAUCUCCUCUGUACUGUGCCACUGAAACAUGAAUACAUUGAAAAUGUUGGAGCAAGUCACAACCACAUGGUGGGGAUUGGACCAGUACUGAAUGUUUAUCCUUGGAAUAAAGAGCUUUAUAUGAUUAGAUACAACAACUAUGAUCGUGCUGUCAUCAACACAGUGCCCCAUGAUUUAGUGCAUCAUUGGUAUGCUGCACACCGAAUCCUAAGCAAUGAGCUAAGGAGGCCUGAAAACGAGCUGUGGGUGAAACUGAAACCAGGAAAGGUGCUCUUUGUUGAUAACUGGAGGGUCUUACAUGGACGGGAGUCUUUCACAGGCUUCAGGCAACUUUGUGGCUGCUAUCUCACUAGGGAUGAUGUGCUAAACAUUGCCCGCUUACUAGGCCUGAAAGCCUAA